UAAGUAAAGUUUACGGGGGAUAGUGAGGAAAAUGUGCCUUGCACUUGUUCACCACAUUGUUUAUCAUUAAAGAUAAGUUUAUAUAUAUAUAUAGGUCAAGUUGCAAAUAUUUUGAAGGUCCUGCCCUUAAUUAUUUUCCUUAAUUAUAUACUCUACAACUGCACUCACCUAACAUGAAAUUCCAUAAGUACUUUUGUUUUAUAGGCUAGACACAUCCACCUCUCCAUGGAAAAAUCCUCCAUUACUAAAGUUCUUGAGCUCUGCAAAGUCUCUCCACCGCCCAAUUCAUCUCCACCAACUACUCUCCCUCUAACUUUCUUUGACAUCCCUUGGCUUUUUUUCUCUCCAUGCCAACCUCUCUUCUUCUAUGAAUACUCUCACUCCACCUCUCACUUCAUUUCCUCCACUCUUCCCAAUCUCAAGCUCUCUCUCUCUCUAGCUCUCAAGCAUUUCUUCCCUUUUCUUGGAAACCUUGUUGUUUCCUCAAAUGAUUCAAAUAUGCCCAAGAUUGUUUACAAUGAAGGUGACUGUGUUUCAUUUUCUGUUGCAGAAUCUAACGGUGAUUUCAGGUGUUUUACUAGUAAUCAUGGAAGAGAAGUGCAUGAGUUUUAUCCUCUCGUGCCUGAGUUGGCUACUAGUGGUGGAGCUAUUCCUUUACUUGCAGUGAAAGUUACAAUUUUUCCUCAUAUGGGUAUUUGCAUUGGGCUUGCUUAUCACCAUGUGGCUGCUGAUGGGAGGACAUUCAACAACUUCAUCAAGGCAUGGUCUUCACUUUGUGCAAAUUCUUGUUUCUUGAUCAAUUCCUUGCCAUCUUUUGAUAGGUCUGUGAUAAAAGAUUCACAUGGACUUGAAGAGAUUUUCUUGGAGGAACUAUGGAAGAUAAAAUCUUCACAGGAAAUGAUUAUUGGAACUGAAACCAAUGUAGAUUUGUCAAAUAUGGUUAGAUCCACAUUUGUAGUGAGUUCAUUAGAUAUGGAGAGGAUCAAGAAAUGGGUUAUUGGUCAAUGCAAGAAAAAGUCUCAGCCACAGCCUAUCCAUCUAUCACCAUAUGUAUUAACCUGUUCUUUUAUAUGGGUUUGUUUAGUGAAAACCCAAACCCAAACGAGUCAACCCGAAAAUCAUCACUAUUCCGAUGAUGAGCCAAAUUACUUUGGAUUUAUUGCAGGUGGUUUGACCCGGUUCGACUAUCCAGUACCCACAUCAUAUUUUGGUAAUUGUGUAGGAUUUGGUAGAUCAAUAGCAACUAGGGGAGAAUUGAAAGGAGAAGAUGGAAUCAUUGUGGCUGCAAAUGUGAUUGGAAACAUGAUCAAGAAAUUGGAUAAAGAGAUGUUGUUUGAAGCAGAAAGAUGGAUUUGGGAUUGGAAGAAAAUGUUUGAAUUAGAGGUUCAUGUUAUGAUUUUUGGAUCACCUAAAUUGGAUUUUUAUGAAACUGAUUUUGGGUGGGGGAGGCCUAAGAAGAUAGAGGAAAUUUCAAUUGAUAGGAGCAGAGCUAUUUCACUUACUGAAAGUAGAGAUUUUAAGGGUGGAAUUGAAGUUGGAAUAGCUCUGCCUAAGAAUCAAAUGGAAGUUUUUAGCUCAUUGUUUAUUGAAGGUCUUCAAAUUCUUCAAUAAUGGCAUCUUCUUUACAUCAGACAUCUUACUAUGUUUUGUAUACAAAACAAAACUCAAUUGUCUUGUGUUCUAUACUCUCUCAUAAUUCCAAUAUCACAAUAUUCAAUCAUUCAUCUUUAAAAUAGUAUUUUUGAGUGUAACAAUUAUUGCCCUCUAAAUUUAGUAUUCAUGGUUAAAUGGGUUUA